GCCACAUUGCACUUUGCAGCUACAGUACACUACGCAUGGCGUUUCGAAAAGCCCGGCCCCCGACCGAGGGCUCACGCACGUAUGCGAUCGUCGUCUGCGUCUUUGCGUCGCUCGGCGGUGUCUUCUUUGGCUAUGACCAAGGCGUCACCGGCGGCGUCCUCGUCAUGGACUCGUUCUUGUACGACUUUUGUGUCGGGUAUGACGGCAACACAUACCUGCACUGCACGGCCGACAGCGCGCGGCUGCCGUCCAACUGGCUCAACUUUACGACUGUCUACAACGUCAUUUACUACGUUGGCUGCAUCGUUGGCGCCUUUGUUGGCGGCUACAUUGCCGACAAAUUAGGUCGGCGCGCGACGAUCUUCUUUGCGGGUGUUCUCUUUUGCGUCGGGACGUGCCUCCUCGUCUUGACACCGUCGGGCAGCCAUCUCGUCGCGCUCAUUGCGCGCUGCAUCCAAGGCCUUGGCGUCGGCAACUCGUCGUUCUCGCUGCCGAUUUUUGGUGCUGAGAUGGCCCCCAAGGAGCUCCGCGGUAUGCUCUCGGGCUUUAUGCAAAUGGCGGUUGUCACCGGCAUCGUCCUCGUCGGCUUUGUGAAUUUUGCUCUCGAGCACAGAGACCACGGGUGGCGCAUCACAAAUGGAAUUGCGAUGGUCUUUCCGGUCAUUGUCAUGGCCGGGAUCUUUUGCGUGCCCGAGUCGCCCCGCUGGGUGUACAAGGCGCGCGGCCGCGUUGCUGCCCAUCGUGAACUCCUUCUAUUGCGCAAGACCGACAACAUCCACGAGGAGCUCGAUGCGAUAGCUGACGCGAUCGACGACGAAGGCCGGCACCAGUCGUCGUGGUCGGACCUCUGGCACCCGUCGAUCCGCCCGCGGCUUGCGAUUGCGAUGCUGCUGCAGCUCCUCCAGCAAGCCACCGGUAUCAACCCUGUGUUUGUGUACGGCGGUCAGAUCUUCAAGGACGUUGUCGGCGAUGGUUUGCUCUCGCUCUUGAUUCUCCAGAUUGUAAAUUUUGCCUCGACGAUCCCAGCCAUGUACUGGGUCGACCGCUACGGCCGGCGCACGCUCCUCCUCGUUGGCGCGGCCGGCAUGGUGCUCGGCCAUUUGGUGUCGGCGACCGUCUUUAGCAUCGGCUGCGACGGCAACACGACGCAUCUCGACUGCUCGACGAGCGCGGGCUGGGCUAUGAUUGCUGCAACUGCGUUCUUCAUCUUCAACUUUGCGAUUUCGUGGGGUCCGAUCUGCUGGAUCUACCCGGCCGAGAUCUUCCCGAUGAAGGUGCGCGCCAAGGCCGUCUCGGCGUCGACCAUGAUGAACUGGGCCAUGGGCGCGCUCAUGAUUGGCAUCCCCAAGCUCUUCCCGUACCUCAACAUCAACGGCGUCUUCUUCCUCUUUGCGGCGCUCUGCACCCUCGCCGGUGUCUAUGUCUACUUCAAGUGCCCGGAAACCAAAGGCAUGUUUCUCGAAGACAUUGACGAGCUCUUUGGCGGCUCGAGCCAGUUGGAGGCGUCGCAUUCGUCGCGCUCGUCGCCGUUUCCGCCAUUUGUCCUCGAGUAAUGGGACAACCUGUGCAUUUUCAUUCGUUUUCCAAAUUCACCGGUGCAUGUCGCAACCCACUUCUGCGUCCACAGGGCACACGAAAAAAUCGCUCCGUGGCCAAAACACGAGGUAGCGUCGACGAGACGUUUCGUACCCCAAGCCUAGGGAUAUUCAAAAAUAUAUAUUAUGUCUCUUGCCCC